AGUUCACGAGUACAAGAUGCUCAUCAGUGUGUUGAGAUUAACGCAAGGAGGCACGCUCAUGGGUGACUUCUCAAUCAUUUAAUGAUUGUUAUUUGAACGCACUUCAUCUACUUUUAAUUGCUGAAUUGUGGUGUGACACACUCAUAUUACAAGUGAUCAACUUAUUGAAGUGAUUGUGAUGUUCAAUUCUACCCAGAUUUCAAUUUAACAUCACAAAAUCUUAAUCAUUUUCGUGGCAGUGACUUGAUGUUGGAUUUUAUGUGGAGUCAAGCCGAUAUGGCGGUUCCUGUGGAAUUUACUAUAUAAGACUCCGCGAGCGAGGAAUUUCACUCGAGAGUGCCGUAAAAAAAGGAAAAUAUAUACAGAGAGAAAGGAAUGUAAAAAAAAGAAAGAAAGUUUAGUAGUUUUUUGGGAAAGGAAAUGCAUAAAUUCUGCAUGCCAGGAACUAGAGAAAGCGAGUAAAAAAAAGUGAUCAAGUGAUGUGAAAAUCUAGCAUAAUAUGCGCACUUUUUCCUCACUUUGCGCACACGAAAAUGCUCCAAUUAAGAUUUCCUAUGAUGAUUUUAUUCUUGGCUCUGUGUGUAUCGCUCAGCUGUGGAAUGAUCGAUGCCAGCACCGAGAAUUUGGCAAGCUCACGCCAAAACAGUGACACAACAAAAACAUCCCGAUUAGCGGGCAGGGAGUUGCUGGUAAACAUCCCAACGCAGGAAAAGGUGCGGAUAUCACCGACACAAAAGACACGCCGGCAGUCACAGCGCAAUAUGACCCUAACGCGUCAGAUUGCCAUAAAGCAGGGUAUCCUACGGGGCGUGGUGCGUUUCAUGCACCCACAGUCAGGGCUUCGGGAUGUAGAUCAGUUCCUGGGUGUACCAUAUGCGGAGCCCCCGAUCAACAGUAAACGCUUCAUGCCGCCAGGAGCUCCAUUGCCUUGGUCAGAUGUCCGAAUAUUCUCAGAGCUACCCCCGGUAUGCCCUCAGAAUCUUCCCAAUCUUCACCUGGCCAAUGGAACUCUAUCGAAGGGUCGUUACAAUCAACUAAAGAGGCUCCUUCCGUAUUUGAAGACAGAGAGAGAAGACUGCCUCUACCUUAAUAUCUAUAUGCCAACAUGGGAGGGAUCAAUUUUCCAGGCGAAAUUUCCUGUGAUCGUUUACAUUCACGGAGAAUCUUUCGAAUGGAACAGUGGUAAUCCCUACGAUGGUUCCAUCCUGGCCAGCUAUGGUAGAGUUAUUGUGGUCACCGUAAACUACCGGCUGGGAAUCCUGGGAUUUAUGAGACCCGGUGUUGGUGAGGAAAUUGUGAGCAAUUUUGGGCUUCUGGAUCAAAUUGCUGCCUUGCAGUGGAUCAAGGAGAAUAUUGAGGCUUUCGGCGGUGAUAGUUCCUCAGUCACCCUUAUGGGGCAUGGCACUGGGGCUGCUUGCAUCAACUUCCUGAUGGUUUCCCCCGUGGCUAAGGGGCUCUUUCAUCGGGCAAUUCUCAUGUCGGGUUCUGCCCUGUCGGACUGGGCAACCUCAAAGCAUCCCACACAAUUCACCAUGCAAGUAGCACAGAGUCUCAAUUGUCCCAUAACCGACGAUGAACUCGUAGCUUGUCUGAGGAGGAAGAGAUACACUGAAAUGCUGAGAGCAAAAGUGUCGUCACCGAAGUUUUCCACAAUCUUUGGUCCCCUAAUUGAUGGAUUGGUGAUUCCCAACGAGCCCGCCACGAUCAUGAGUCAAUCCACUGAUACGUUCAGCAAGUACGACUUGCUCUUUGGCAUGACUGAAGUUGAAUCCUAUCACAUGCUCAAUGCCAUUGAGCUGAUGUACGGAUUGCUGGAGAAUGAGCGGGACACCCUUUUGCGCUUCUACCUCCAGAAUCGUUUUGAAAUUCGACCAGACUUGGCUCUGGCGGCUACCCUCAAAGAAUAUUCAAAUAUCUACGCCACGGAGAAGACUCAAAAUGCCAACUUCCAUCGAGAUAAAAUUCUCGAAAUCUUCUCUGAUGCGAGGGUUGCUGGUCCUCUAGUUCAGACGGGCUUAUUCCAUGCUAAGAGCAACCCACGGAGUUUUAUGUAUGUCUUCGCUCACAACAGCGAAGCGGGAGAAUAUGCUUAUUUAUCACAAAGUAUUAUCGGAGAAGAGUUAGCUUAUGUAUUUGGCGCUCCUCUGAGUCCAUCGGGACCUUUCCAGCCAUUCUACAAUUCCCAAGAGAAACUCCUUUCAGAAGCUGUUAUGAAGUACUGGACAAAUUUUGCAAAAACUGGGAACCCAAAAGCACCAUGGAGAGAUAAAUUCCUCAAUUUGAAUCCCAUUGAGUGGGCUCGCUUUGAUAUCGAUUGGCCGGAGUACAAUCAAAUAAAUCAGAGCUACUUGCAUCUCAAUUCACAUCCCGUGGUUGGUCAUCAGUAUCGCCACACAUUCAUGCGGUUCUGGAAUCAAAAUCUCCCCAGUGAGCUGCACAAGUUGACCACAGCGCGAACAAAUAUCCACAUGAUGCCACCGAGUAUUCCAAGUGCUGAAGGGCCACGGAGGGAGAUCUAUGGGAACUUCUCAACGCAUCCCAGGCACUUUGGCGGUGGGGAAGUUCGCUCUCGUCCCGAUGACAUGAUGUACGCAAAGACUGAGAAUCCAAUAGCAAUCUUGAGGCUUAUGAAUAAGAACACUCGACCAAGUCAUGCGGUUACGGUUAGUGAGGAGAAAAUGUCCACAGAAGCGGCCAAUGUUGCCCCAUUUGAUCCCGAUUCGUACGUUCCCAAUUCAGCUAAUCUCACAUUGAAUCUCUUGAUCAUCAUCGUGGUGAUCUUGUCGAUACUUAUCGUGAUCUUUGGCUACAUUCUCAAGCGAUCCUAUAAAAGAUCCUCCCCCACUGAGAAGAUCCUCAAGAAUUUGAAAAGAUCAACACCACCAAAGAUGUUCUAUCGCAGUGACAAUGAUCUCAGUGAGAUGUCCAACAAUUCCUACGACAUGGUGAGAAUUGAGAGGGGAUCAAAAGUGGAUUCAAUCCAUUCAGAUGGCAUAAAUUACCCAACAACCGUGAUUAAGGCACCCUGGAGGACUCUCCCAAAGCGCUGCAGCUUCGAAGAUCCUGAUAAUCAAUCGGAUUGCUUUAUAAAGCCCGGACAAGUAAGUGUGGCCAUUGAUGCAACACCACAAGCCCGGAGUGGGAGUGUCCUCAAGCAGGAACCAAUUGAAGUGACCAAAUCACGCAUUUUAAUUGCACCAGAAACGAAAAUUAUUUGUCGUGAAUUGGACAAUCCACCAUUAACCGUUUACUAUGGGGAUGAUCUGUGCACAGAAGAGGAAUACCCGAGGAAGCCGGAAGAAAAUCACUACAACACCAUGGGAAAUGGGCAUGUGAGGAAUUUCUCAGAUAGUCAGAAGGGUGGUGAAGUGAGUGCGGUAAUUGUGAGAGGAACAAAUUCCUUGGAUUCCAUGAAGAUGCGUCGAAGAUCACUUCCUGCCCAGAAUCAAUUGGAUUCAGCAUUGGGAUGGACCAAAGUUCCCCCAAUGCCACCCCCGAGAACAGUCUCAACACUCAGCCGACGGCACAACCCGCCGGUUCCGGAAGAAAAUCUCCCACAUCCACCACAGCACAUGCUGGCAACACUGCCACCGAGCAGUGAUCUCGAGGAUGAGGUGAUCACAUCAAAUACCCUCAUUGUUGGCCCCUUAAUUCCCACGAAAGGCACCAAAGGGAAGUCAUCCGAUGCAAGUGAUGACGGAGAUCAAGAUGAAGUCACCCUCUCGGGUGUGGCGUCCACCACAAAGUACAAUGCCCUCAGCAGGAGUAAGAAAAAAUCCACGGCAUCGAAGAAUGAGCCAAAUAUCAUAAUUAAACCCCAAAUCACAAGAUCCACCUCCGAGAAGGCAAAUAAAUUUAAUGCACGCCGUAUGCCAGCGGCGGCUAAUUCCGCUGGUACCACUGAAACACCCGACUAAUCACAGCACAGAGUAUUUCUUAAAGAGAUGGUAUAGGUACUUUAAAAAAAAGCACACAGUAUACAAAAGAUUUUAUUAUUAAUUCUAAGAAAAUAAUUUUCUCCUUUUUUAUCACAAACAAUUAUGUACUUAUGAGACUUAUCAAAUAGAAAAUGCUAUGCAUAAAAAAA